ACGGAUCGAGUAGAGUCAAGAAGAAGAAGAGAAAAGAGUAGAAAAAGAAAGCCUGUAGGAAAAGCGAGAGGCCUUUCACGGUAGUUCCUGAUCAUCUCAGACUGCUGCAUUUAUUUCCGGGUAUCUAGAAUGUCAGCGUUAAACAAAUGAAUGUACAGAUUUUCGAUGAUAACUGGGUAGACUCAUGAAGCUGAAGAACUGACAGUAGCAGUAUGGCUUCCUCAAAUAAGUCUGCUAAACAAUAUGUCGGAGAUGCUCGUGAAAACUUAGUUGGACGCCUACAAAACCUGCCUCUGGUUGUUGAAAAACUUCACCAAAAGAAAGUUUUCAAUGGCAAUGAAGUUAGUGAAAUUGAGGCGGAACCAGAAAAGUACAACAAAAGCAGGAAGAUACUGGACUUUGUCUUAAACAAGGGUGAGGAGGCCUGCUAUCAGUUUCUCCUAAUACUGUACCAUGAGAGGAAAUUGGUCCUGCCAAAGACAAAAUCAUCUAGUCGGGAUCUAGAUUUACAUACGUGGAUCUGCUUGUUUUCUUUUAGAGAUGAGGCUGAAGAUUAUAAUCACGGACCUCAAUCAUGUCAAGAUUUGCAAAAAUAUAUGAAGACAAGUACAAGACAAAUGCUUGGUCAACAAUGGAUGAAGAGCCAGAGCGUCUAUGGAGAAAAAGGAAAAGAAGACUUCACCUUUAUUCCUUUAGUGUUGGAUACAAACACAACAAAGUAUACACCACAUAACAAAGUCAAACUCAAGAGCAAGAAAUCUAAAAAGCCUCGUACAAAAAAGAUGAAGGCCUACAUACCAAGGGACACACAGGGAAAAUCCCCUGAAGAUUUGCUUAAUAGCAAGGACAAAAAUAUCCUAAUAGUGGGCAAACCUGGAAUUGGGAAGACAACAGUUGUUAAACAAAUGUUGCAUCAUUGGGCAAAGAGAAACGACAGAACCCUUGACUUCAUGUUUUACUUUGAUGAAAACACACUGUCAAACACCUCAGCUGCAGUUACCUUAGAAGAGCUUCUGCUAAGCACAUUUUUCAUUUCAGACAUGGAGAUGAAAACACAUGCUGAAGAAAUUAUGCAGUAUCUUCAAGAAUAUUCUGAAAGGGUCACCAUUGUUUUUGAUGGAAUCAGUGGAGAUUUUCUGAACAACACAGUUUUCCUGAAGAUCAUGGAAAAUGAACUUCUGCCUGAAGCAAAGAUUGUGGCAACAUGCAGGUCUGAAGAAGAGUAUGAAUUAUCUCACUGGCCAACAUGCACAAUCUAUGUUCAAGGUUUCAGUGAAGAGUCAAUUUAUGAUUUUUUUAGUAAAAUGUCACAUAUUGAUCCAGAGUUGGUAGACAGUGUAAUAAACAAUCCUGCACUCUUCAGUCUCUGCCAUGUUCCUAUGUAUGCUUUUAUGGUGGCAGCCUGCAUUCAAUACUACUCAUCUGAUGAGGUGAAGACACAAUGCACAGCUACUGAGCUGUACGUCCGAAUCUUUCGUCAUUGUCUUCAGAGACAUGGAAAUAAGAAAUUGCGGCACUUAGAUGUAUAUAUAAAAAAUUGCAGGGACAUGGUCUUAUCUCUAGCUGAGUGUGCGUUCAAUGCAACCAAGUUAAAAACAAUCAACCUGGAGUUUGAUUAUGAUGAAAAGAACAUUGCUACUGCCUUCUUAAAGACUGCUACAGUUGUGUCACCAGCAUUUGCUAGAAACGUUUGUGCAUUUCCUCACAACACAAUGCAGGAGUUUUUUUCUGCUCUGUGGCUUUUAGAAAAAACUGAAAUACUUGAUGAGAUGCUCCAGCUGUGCCAGAAUGAAGAGACUCAGCAUAUAAAAUACGUAAUUCCUUUUCUGUGUGGACUUCACUCACAAGCUAACAUUCCCUUGUUGAAGUGUCUCUUUCCAGUGAACAAAGUGAAGGAAAACACCAAUGCUUUAUUUGAGAAGGUCUUAAACACUUUCUUCUGUGAUGAUGUUGACAUUACCUUCAUUUGCCAGUGUCUGUAUGAAUUUCAGUCACCUGAAUUCUGCUGCUCCUUUCUGAAGAAAAUAGACUAUUGCCUUGAUUUCAGUCAGGAACAUCUUGACCCUUACACAUGCUGUGCAGUGUCCUAUGUAAUCAGCAACUCCAGGAACGAACAGGUUCAUCUUGAUUUGGAGAAGAGUGCAGUGUCCCUGUCUGGGCUGAGGACGAUUCUCAAACAUUCACAAUAUCUAAGGGAUUUUUCAGCAACACUAUGUCAGGUCUGGACAAUGGCCUUGAAGUAUGAGGAGCUGAGUUAUCUUAUACAUCUCGUUCAGCUAUGUGAAAAUGAGAUUCACAUACCAAUGAGCAGUCAUACAGAUGUUCUUGCGAAAGCUGGAAUAAUUGUUACUCAAAAUUCAAAUAAUAUAUGUCUCCAUUUACACUGUGAUCAAGACCCACAACAGCUCAAAGAUCUUGUGUACAGAGUGCUCUCAUGGCUGCCACACAUCAGUGUUCUCCAGUUUGAUGUUACACAUGGAGAGAAAGAACAUGAAAAGAGAUGUAGAACAUUUAGACUUAAUUUGUGUCUACAAGCAGCUUUACACCAUCCACAAAACAUCCAUCAGUCAGUACAUAAGAUUCUGCCCUCUAAAGAACAGAGUGAUUUCCUGCUGGAUCUGUACUCCCAUGUGAAGCAGUAUGAGAGUGAAACAGGCAGCAGUGUUCUUCCAGCAUUGCUGCCAGUUUAUCAGUCAGUUCCUGAUGUCUGGUCCAUAAAUCUCUCAGAGAGAAAAGUCUCCCUCCUCCUAGAAGUGCUGAAACUCCAAAUAAUGAUGAAACCAGUGGAGCUGAGAGACUGCACAGGAAAAGAGAGUGAAGUGAGGAGUUUCCUUCAGUGUCUGCCCUACAUCUCACAGCUCAGAUGCGGUGAAAAUUUAACUGCAUGUUUAAGUAAAGCCAUUGUUGAGAAUGCAGAAGAUACAGAGUUGGUGAAGGCUUUUUUUGCUGCCACGGACUCCAUCUUCAUUAUAGAUUGGGUUUUAAGCACUCGUGAGUGCAGAGCUGUGAGAAAAGUGCUGAAACACUCGGACUCUAAUCUCAAACUCACUCUGACACCCCGGGGCAUCUCUCAACGAGGGCUCAGGCGUCUCUUCAGACUCAGAACACACCUUCAGAAACUCUGCCUGAGUGGACGUGUGGUACAGAGGAUGGUCCAAGCAUUUCGAGCAGUGAGAUCCGGUGUCUCAGUGGUCAUUGAUGAGCUCUGCAUGGACCUAAACAGCAUAACACUAAAUAAAACGAUCACAUAUCUGAGCAGUUUGUGUUCCCUUCUGAACAUAUGGACUGUUCACUGUGUGAACCUCAGUAAGUGUAGAAUAGAUGCUCAUUCUCUCAUCAGUCUCAUGUGUCAUCCUGGGCAUUUACAAAUCAGGUUAUCAAAAGAGACUCUCCAGCAGUUUACUGAUCUGCUGUGUGAGGUGAGGGAUGGAGAACUGACCCGCUUUUUCCUGGAAAAAACGGGAGGAGACCUGACUUCCUGUUCUCUCAGUUGGGAAAAGCUCAUCCAUUUCCUCCAGCAGCGAGUUUGCCGCAUUAACGUGAACAUCAGAAAGAGCAAAAUCGAAUAUAAUGGCGUCAGACAGAUUCUUCCUCUACUGUCUGAAGUUCAGUUUAAAAGAUUGAACCCCUUGGUUUUGCUGUCAGUCAUCAGAGAGAUCUAUGAGACUCGAUCUGCUGACUGUGUGUCCGGUCUUUUAAGUUCAACACACAGCUGUAUCAACCUGAGCAAUACAGAGCUGGACUCCUACCACUCUACUGCCCUGCACUUCACUCUCCAACACUCUACAUCUGUCUGUCUGAACCUGCUGUGGACCUCCAUACAGGAGGAAGAUCUGAUGAAGAUUCUGCCUCUGUUCAACAAAGUUUCUCAGCUCAGUGUUGACAGGAUCCUGCUGCUGAAGAUGCUCCAUUGCUGCAGUAAAUCUGACCUCCAGAAGGGGGCAGCAAGAGCAGUUUUCUCUGCUCUGAAGAACAGACUGGACUUCUCUUGUAGCAUUGGUUUAGAUCUGACCACAGAAACACAGGAUAAUGUUCUGCCUCUGAGCACUGAGGACUGCAGAGAUAUCAGCACAGCCAUCCAAAAUUCUCACCAGCUUACAGAGCUCAUUCUGAAGGACUGUCAGAUAGAAGAUGCAGCACUGGACCUGUUCUUCCCCGUUCUACAUACUGUGAGACUGCGCUGUAGUAAACACUUGCUGCUUCAGUUCUUGGCUCUUCUUCGUGUGGUAAAUGAGUCAGAGUGUGUGAGGCAUGUUAGAUCCCUCUCUCAGGCUCUGGAUGGAGAGAUAGACCUCAGUGAGACUCCGCUGGACCUCCAGGCCUGUAGAUCACUCACAUUGUUUCUGGAAUUUACUGAAGGUCUUUCAGAACUGGACCUCAGCCACUGCAAGCUCUCUGAGCACGGCCUGGAGCUGCUGUUCCCACACCUGCAUAAAACAACUGUCCUGGACCUCAGUCACAAUGCUAUAGACGAUUAUUUAGCAGGAAGAAUCUACACAAUCGUCUCCACCAGCAGCAACAUACAGACAGUUCGACUCUUCAACAACAGAAUUACUGAUAAAGAACAUUUCCAAAAAGACAAACGCUUUGAGAUCUGGUGACGGCUGUGGACAGUUUCCUGAUUUCACUCUUCUCCAUAAUCCAGAAAAUGAUUUGUACAAGAAAUACAAAAGAACAGACACAGUAGAACCAGAGGGGAAUGUGGGCUCUCUCUCUCUCUCUCUCUCUCUCUCUCUCUCACAUAAGGAAAUCUUAUUUGAUUCCAUGUAUUUUCUGAGCUGUUCAUGGACAAUAAAUGGGAUUUUAUAUUUUGCAUUAAUAUUUUUGAAUAAACUCACAUUGUGCAUUUCUUUCCACAAUUCUACAAAGGAAAAGUUUUAAUAGAGGUGAUUUGUAAAACAGCUUUAAAGUAAAUUAUAUUGUCAUUAUUCCAGAGCUGGAACGAAAC